CUUCGAGGAUCAAACUCCCAGCAUGUCCUUAUAGGAUUCCGAUGCUUACCAGAAAUCCCUCUGAAAAGGUGGAUUUCCUUAGAGCCCCCCCAGCAAAGACGUUGGUGAAUGUUCCUUUGGGGGUCAAAUUCCCAGUGUGUCCUAAACAGCCUGUCCAGUUCUGUACCAACAAGCUCUCUGAAAAGCUAAUAAAGCAAGGUCCAUCAUUUGACCUAGAGGAUCCACAUUGCCAUUUGAUGAAGACAACCUACAACAACUUGCAUGACCCAUACCUAAAAGACUAUUACCAGGGUAAGGAGGUUCAUCAAUGUCUACGUCAGAAGGGGUUUAUCACCGAUGAUGAUAUGGUUGUUUGCACUUUGAAGGAUUAUAACGAAUACAGGAAUUACCUCUCAAGCCUUCACAGAAAGAAAAUUAGAAAAAUGUUGGAGAAAAAAAAUGGUCUCCGAACCAAUGAUGCUCCCAAGAUAUCCGUGAGAAAAAUCUCUUAAUUAAGGUUCAUUUCUACCUGACGAUUUUGCCACAACUGGAUUCCCUGCAAAACCGCCUGAAAUAUGUCAUCAUACAAAGAGGUGGGGUAAAAUAUGAAGAUUUAUUUAAAGGAACACUGUAGGCACUAUACCAGUUUUGUCUGAUGAAAUUGGUUGUAUAGCCUGCAAUCCACCGCACAAAUUCUAUGUUCAAUGUUAAACCAUGAAUGGGUGGCAGUGAUACUCCGAGAGCCGUCGGGUGACUUUCCUAUCACUGCCAACUAUUGCUGCUUGGAUUAAUAUGGAAGUAUGAACCUGAGAGGGCUGGGCAGCAGGCGUCCGGGGGCCUUCAUUCAGUGUUCAACAAACUGGAAAUCAUUCAGCGCCCGGGUACUCCAGGAUCCUUACUAUUUUAUUGAGAUUAAGCGGUUAUAGUGCCUACAGUGUUACUUUAACAAACAAUAUAGAAAACAUCAUACAGACUGCCUUUAAUAUGAUACAAUCUGAAGGUGUUUGCUGGUGGCACUACCUUUAUACA